CCGCUUCCGGCGCCUCUCGCAGAGCCGUCAUGGCUUCCACGGGGGCGAGUCGCAGUCUUGCUGCGUCUCCGCGGCCGCCGCAGGGCCGCUCCUCGGGACAGGACAAGUACUCGGUGCUGUUGCCCACCUACAACGAACGGGAGAACCUGCCGCUCAUCGUGUGGCUGCUGGUGAAGAGCUUCUCCGAGAGUGCAAUCAACUAUGAAAUUAUAAUCAUAGAUGAUGGAAGCCCAGAUGGGACAAGAGAAGUUGCUGAACAACUGGCAAAGAUCUAUGGGCCAGACAAAAUUCUCCUAAGACCACGAGAGAGAAAGCUGGGUCUCGGAACUGCCUACAUUCAUGGAAUCAAACACGCCACGGGGAACUAUGUGAUCAUCAUGGAUGCUGACCUCUCCCACCAUCCCAAAUUUAUUCCUGAAUUUAUCAGGAAACAAAAGGAGGGUAAUUUUGAUAUUGUCUCUGGAACUCGAUACAAGGGCAAUGGGGGUGUUUAUGGAUGGGAUUUGAAAAGAAAGAUAAUCAGCCGUGGGGCCAAUUUUAUAACUCAAAUUCUGCUGAGACCUGGAGCAUCAGACUUAACGGGAAGCUUCAGAUUAUACCGAAAAGAAGUUCUACAGAAAUUAAUAGAAAAAUGUGUCUCCAAAGGCUAUGUCUUUCAGAUGGAAAUGAUUGUUCGAGCAAGGCAGAUGAAUUACACUAUUGGUGAGGUUCCAAUUUCAUUUGUGGAUCGAGUUUAUGGUGAAUCCAAGUUGGGAGGAAAUGAAAUAGUCUCGUUCCUGAAAGGGUUAUUGACUCUCUUUGCUACUACAUAAAAGAAAUGAUUCACUUAUGCUUCCCGUGUUCAUUUCAAUUAAAAGUAGAGAAGCCCGGGUCACUGAUUUUUAUCAAUGUUCUCUUAACACAUGAGCCAAAGGUAAGAUGCAUUUAAUGUGGAUCUUUUCUCUGGAGAAACUCCAUUUUAUAUUUCAAAUUAAAAUUUAAAGUUCUUGGUUUAGUGAGCAAUGUUCUCAAUUUUCAUGUACAUUAUACUGUAUUAACACCUAUAAAUAAAUGUGUAUAGGUUUUGCAUAAAAUGUUGCUGCUUUCAUUUAGAUAAUGUGAGUGCAAGUUUCUUAUGAAAAAACUGGAAUACUUCAUCAAACUAGAUGGUUAGUUCUUUAUCCCGAGAUGGCAGGAGGGGGGGGGGGAGGGCUUAAUUACACUUAGGAAAUACAGUGUGUGUGGGGAGUAGAAAAGAAGUAAAGGCUCUGACCUGAAGUCCAUCUCCGAGGUCUGAGCGGAGAUGAAGCAGUGCUCCCUGCGUGCAGGCUGAGCAUAGCCUGGUCCAUCAGAGCAGACCUGUGCUGAGUACAGUGUGGGGUGGGAAGCAGUGAAGCACUGGGUCACAUUAACUGUGUUCUUGGCUCUGUCUUCUUGAGCAAUAACUCCUAUUGGAAAGAGAAGUUUUUUAUCUCAAAAUAUUUGUACAUUAUUUCAAUACCUCAACAAACUUGACACCACAACAGAAAAAUACCUGUACUAUUUUUCUUCAUCCAGAAAAAUGUUCUAUUGUUAAAAUGAAGGCUAAGUUGCUCCAUGCAGUCAGGGAAGAUAUUUAUCAGUCAGUGAACUUCUGUCUGUAGCAUAGCUUUCAGAUCAUGUAGUAUGUUUCAGGGUCUCUCUGGAUGUUCUAGAACUGGCUUUGUAGACCAAACUCAGAGAUCCAUCUGCCUCUGUCUCCAAAGUGCAUGUUUUAGGUUUUGAGUGAAUACAUGACAUCUAGUUGCAUGUCCUUUGCAAGAAAAAAAGAACAGACAUCUGUCUCUAAGUUACUGCAUAAUCACAUUUAGUGAACAGAGUCUGGGUGUCCUAGCCCAAGCUGACUUCCAGCUUACUGUAGUCAAAGCUAGUCUUGAAUUACUGGUCCUGUUUCCUUCCUCUCUCAAGUGUGAGGACUGUGGUGUGCAUCAUCAUACACCCCAACCUGUAUACUUGUUUCCCACCUUACUUGGGCUGCUAAAGAAAUUGAAAGUCUUAAAUGUUCACUUCCAUCUUUCUAGCUGAUUGUAACAAGAAUGAAUGUGAGAUACACCUUCACUUUGCUUUGAGCAUGAAAGCCUUGCCAGGUAGUCACAUAGCUGGGCCCACAGUGCAUAUUCCAAUAAGAACAACUGUUGUUGUGUUCCCCUUUGCCAAAACUUGUCGCACAUCCAUGGGGAAGUGACUUGUUCAUCCUUAAUAACUAGAAUAUUUAUUAGUGUUCAAUUAAAUUUUGUUUUAAGCCAAAGUCAUAGGA